AUGUUAUACUGGAAUUUUCUAAAUCAGGCAUUUUAUCGUCUUGUUCGAAUUGUUUAUUCUCAACAUAGAUGGUUUCGAUCUUUAAAAUUAUAUGUAAUUUUACCAAUGAUAGAAAUAAUAAUAUUAAUACCUAUUCUUCUAAGUGUUCUUAUACCUUUGAAUGGUGUUACAUAUUUACCAAAUGAUUAUUUUUGUUGUCCAUCAUUCACAAAUAUUCCUGGUGUUCUUUGGGCAGCAUUUGUUGGUUAUAUGUGUCCACUUUGUUGUAUCUUAUUUAUUUAUAUGUAUAUAACAAGAUUUAUUCGUCAACAAGGAAAUAUGCAAACAUUAAUAAUUAAACAAAGACAAUCUCGAGAUUUAAUUAUUAUUCGACGUAUUUUAAUAAUUGUUAAUUUAUUACUUAGUCUUGGAAUGCCUUCCGGUGUCCUUACAUUUAUGUUUAUAAUAACAGGUAAAGAGAAUCCAUUACUUGCUCGAAUUGCAUAUGUUGGAAUUAGCUUAUCUCAAAUGGGAUUGAGUGUAGCAUUACUUUUUUCUAUUCCACAAUUGAAAAAUAUUAUUCGAAACUUACGAAAACCAAGCACAGUGAUGCCUUUCAAUCGAACUGUGCAAGGCACAAUGCAAAUGAGAACAAUUACUGCUAUUCAAUAA